AUUUAGACGUGGGGAAGAAGAGGACAGAUAUGACACUUCGUAUUUCAGUCAAGGUGCCGAGUUUUGAAAGCCUUAUUCUUGUCCACGGCAGAAGAGAUGGAUUACGAUGUUGAAAGGGUGUUUCAAGUCCUCCAGGCACUCUACAGUGAAGUGUGGGUACUUCAUGACUGGCUGAGGUUAAUCAGUGCAGAAGGAGAGGGGAAUCCCCUUGUGCAAGCUGCGGAUUCACAAAAUUUCAAACUGCUCCUAAGCUCCACUGUGGUUGCCUUUUCCGCUAACAAGAAACCCCCACCUAAAUGCCAGCGUGUUAUCAGCUGUUCACACCAGAGGGAGCUGUUAUUUAGGGUCGUUGGGAGAAUAAAGAAGCAAGGCAGAGCAAACAAGAAUGUGCUGACUCUGGGAUUUGGAAUGAUAUCUGAUGAUCAAAAUGGCCGCAUUGGCAGCCUCCCUGACAUGGAAUACCAGUACCCAAACAGCAACUUCAGUCAGCUCCAUCUCUCUGUCUGGAAUAAGCUAUUGUCACGGGUGGGGGACGCUGUAAUGAUGUACUUACUGGAGAAUGCCUCCCUGUUUCUGCAUGUUCCUCCGUCCUGUUAUACACAAAUCACAGGUUUUCCUGCUCACAAUCUACCAUGUUUCGAUUUUCGAUCUCGUGAGUUGUGUCUGAAAGCCCCUGCCCAUUUGUCUGUGAAGGAAAAACCCAGGUCCAGUCUGUGUUCAGGAGGUAGUGCUAAUACUACUGAGGAGCAGCCUGAGGAGAUGAGUGAAGCAAAACAUGCCGCAAAACAACUCUCAAGGAAACGAAAACGAUCCAUUGAGGAUGAAAAAGAGUUGUUCACAAUAGGAAAACGAAGAUGCUUUCACCAGUGUGUUGCUACAAAGACUUGCAGCGGGAAAAUUUCGGUGGUUGAGCAAGUCACUGAGAGAAAAACGUCGUCUGGAACUUGUGAUGUCAUUGUUCCUGAACAAUGUCAGACAUCUAAAUGGAAAAUGCGGCGUGGCAAGAAGAAAAGGAUUCAAAGACAUCCACCGCAUGAAGUUACAGCAGCUUCUCUGAAAUAUAAUUGCAACAAAACCUUGAAUUGGGCUCGGUGUUUGUACAGAAGAGACCUGAGAGAAAAGUGGCCUAAAGAUCAUUGCAUGAAUUUUCACAGCAUUAGCAAACAAGCCCAAACAACAAAGCUUUUCCAUUCAAUGUUUGCUGAAGUUUUACCUCCUGAGAAACACAGCAGUGCAUUAAAAGGUAGAAAUAUGACUGAAGUACCUCAACUUGAUGGACAGCCUCCUAGUGAGAAUGACCAGAACUACAGCACUGAAGAGAUGAGAGGGGAGACAACUGCAGACAGUGGUGGAUUACUGGCUGUCCUUACCAAAGUUAAACCACACCUCGAACACAUUAUAGCAAACCACAGGUCUUGUCCAUUCCGUCCCUUGCUGAAUCAGUACUGUUCCAUUUCCAAGAUGAAAAGAAGUUGCAGAUGUUCAUCUCGUGUUAGGAACACGAAUGCACCCGUGUCAAGCACGUAUCAAAGUAUCUCUGAUGUCCCUCACCCUACCGUUGAGAACCAUGACCAUGUUAUUUCAGAUGCAGGUUCAAGUCCAGCAGUCAGCACAGUACCACAUCUGUGCCCACAGUUGUUUGGUACCUCAACAUUUUGCCGAACUAGGUGUAAGCUCAGGAAGAAACGUGUCAGAAUGAGUCUGUUGUUGGGAGAUCAUGUCCAUCCUAGAAAGGUAUUCCUCUUCCUAAGGCAAGUCUGCUUGCGAGUCAUCCCAAAAGAUUUACUCGGCUGUCAGAACAACUGGAACAGAUUCAUGAAUAACAUACGAUCCUUAUUAUCUAUGGGACGGUAUGACAAAAUAAAACUGGAUCAUCUACUCCUCAGGAUGAAGUUGAACUCUGUCAAAUGGCUGCCCUGUGUUGACCACAAGUCACGAGUAGCCAUCUUGUCCAGCUGUGUCUGGUGGCUGUUUAGCAACUAUGUCAUGGUCAUUUUGAAGACUUAUUUUUAUAUCACAGACACAACCCGCUUCAGAAACAAGCUGUUUUUCUACAGAAAGGCCGUAUGGAAUCGUCUGAAGAACCAGGCUCAGGGAGCCUACCUGAAAACCGGGAUGUUCUCUUACGUGUCCGGGGUAAAGUAUGUCCAUUACGUGAAUAAAGCAGCGAGGCGUCUAGUGAGUGAGGGGCAGAGUUUGGGCGUGUCAUCACUGAGGUUCCUGCCCAAGAACGCCUCCUUAAGACUGAUCGUCAACAUGGGCAGGAGUACAGGCCUCUCACUCAACAAAUCACAAAAGGAUCUGUCAGUCAAUGCACAGCUGGCUGAUGUAUUUCAAGUUUUGAAGUUCGAAAAGUUGCGAAAGCCGUCCAUCGUGGGUAUGUCUGUGUUUGGUGUGGAUGAUAUUUAUGCAAGAUGGAAAUAUUUCAUAUUAAGCAGAAAAAACAAGAAUGAUGGGAGACCAUUGUACUUUGUGUCAGUUGACGUCAAAGAUUGUUACGAUUCCAUCAACCAGCAGAAGCUGUUCUCCAUCAUCACUGGUAUUAUUAGACAGAGUGAUGAGGAAGAAUACAUCAUCCGGAGAUAUGUAAAAGUAGUUUCAACCAGUGGGAAACUUAAACGACUGUUUUGUCGUGAUGUCACAGGCCUACACGACUUCCAACCAGACUUCCUCCAAUACGUGAGAGGGAUAUCCAAGGGAGAGAACUGUCAUAGGGCAGUCAUUGUGGAUCAGAUACUUCAUCGCCACAUUACACCGGAUGAGUUUCUGCAAAAGUUAGCGGCUCAUCUGUUUAACAACAUUAUUCAGAUGGGUCCAAGCUAUUUCCACCAGAAGACUGGCAUCAGUCAGGGGUCUGUUAUCUCCUCCCUUCUCUGUAGCAUGUAUUUUGGCAGUAUGGAGGGCCGAGUGAUCUCCCCUGAUCGUGAUGGCGAGGUCAUGAUGAGGAUGGUUGAUGAUUGGCUGUUUGUGACCCCUGUGAAGGGGAGGGCUUUAUCUUUCCUGAAGACAAUGAAUCAAGGAAUUCCAGAGUAUAACUGCUACAUUAACACAGAAAAAACACUGACAAACUUUGGUGUAGAAGAAGCCGACUGUGUAGCAUCAUGUAUUGCCAAAAAUGCAUUUGUUGUGUCAAACCUUUAUCUUUUCUCGUCUUUCCCUGUAGAACUGUUUCCGUGGUGUGGCUUGUUGUUUGACACAGACAACCUGAGUGUGACAGUUGACUACAGCAGAUACCCAGGCUUAUCUAUUGCAGACACUUUGACCUUUGACCUGACCCAGAGUCCAGGUUUAACCUUGAAGCGGAAAAUGUUUGACUCAUUGAGAACCAGAUGUCAAGGGUUGUUUGUGGAUCAACAGAUAAAUUCCCUAGAUGUGGUUGUCUCCAAUGUCUACAAAAUCUUUCUACUGUUGGCGUUCAAGUUCCAUGCCAUGGUGAAGAAACUUCCCAGCAGGCAUCGAGCCAAUGAUAAUCCUGCAUUCUUCCAUGAGAUUAUUGUGGACUUGUCACCAUAUUUCUACUACCAGACAGGGCAGAAGAUGAAACGGCUGGAUACAGAUUCAUCCUGGUGCCUCACCCUGAACUCUCUGAAAUGGUUGUGCUGUGAGGCUUUCCGUAACAAGUUGAUCAAUCACCAAUCAGAAUAUUAUCUUCUGCUGAAAACCUUAAGAAAGGAACAGAAGACGUUGAAGAUGGGCUUGAGCCAAGAUGAAAAAACGGCGGUUUUUGACAGCCUUGUCAGCAGAUUUCCACCCGAGUUCUUAGACAUUCAAAAUUAAAAGUGGUAGUAGAAAAUCGAACACCGACAGAGCAAGCCAGUCAUUAAAUGACUGGUUUGUGAAUAGUUCACUUAUUCAUUUGAUGGCCGUCAGCUUUAUUGUGAGAGGAAACCGGUCAGAGCCCGGGGAAACCCACAACCAUCCGCAGGUUGCCGACAGACCCUCCCACGUACAGCCAGAUAGGAAGCCAGCAUGAGCUAGAAUUGAACUCACAGCGACCGCAUUGGUGAGAGGCUCCUGGGUCAUUAUGCUGCGCGUAGCGCUCUAACCAACAGAACCACAGAGGCCCCCAAAAGAAUUUAGAAAUGGAUUGAAAUACGUUUACGAAAUGUGACACUUUAUCAAAAAAAAAAAAGCCUACUACAAGUCAUCGUUAUCCAUCAGUGUUUCCCUAAUUCAUCUUUGAUGGUAUAUUUCGUCUUUUUUAAGCUCUUGUAAAAGCAAUAUUGCAUCUUAAACGUGGGUUAGUUUUCACCCCAAACCUCACUCCAAUGUGGUCGCUGUGACUUCACGUUCAGUUGAAGCAGAUUUCCUC